AGAAAGCUACAGCGCUGUAAUUUCACUGCGGUAUUCACUAUGGCUCAGUUUAACGGAAAAUGGGAGAUAGAAUGCAGCGAAAAUUUUGGCGAGUAUAUGAAAGCUAUUGGUGUAAGUGAUGACAAACAAGCAGAAGCCCAGAAAUUUUUAGGGGAUGAUUCCAAAUUGACCUACGAUAUCAGCAAUUCCGGGAAUGACUGGGUCUUCAAAAUUACCACCCCUGCGGGAGAGAGGGAGGUCAAAUUCAGCCUCGGUUCUGAAUUCGACACUAAAACCUUAGAUGGCAGGCCAGUCAAGGCUGUGUUUACGAUGGAUGGAGACACUUUGAUUGAAAAGCAGACAGGUUCUGGUUUUGAGACGACCAACAAACGGACAGUGUCCGGAAAUACCCUGACCAUGGUCAUGACAGCUGGAAAUGGUGUUUCGUGUACGAGAAAAUACAAGAAGAUAUAAACUAAAUAUGAUUAUACUUGUAAGUUUAUUUUGUAACGAUUUUGAAAAUGUACAUUUCUUAAUUUUAUUAUGAUAAUCAUGACUCUAUUGUUCAUACAUUCAUUGUAGUACUUUUUAUGUGUUUUCUGAAAGUUCUACAUAAAAAUGAGAUUUAAA